UGACGUGUGGGGUUCAGACCCGCCCUUUCAAUUCCGGACGGGAAUGGGUGCACUGCCGGCGUCGCCGUUGCCUGGUGACGGUUGGGGGCGGCUGCUGUUACGGGCGGAGGCCGAGCGCUCAUGUGGGCGACCCCGGGACAGCAGGUCGGGGCCUGCGGCGCUGGCAGGGGAAAUGAGUGACAGGAAAGCAGCAGGAAAAGCUGCAGCUCAGAAAGGUUCCAAACCAGCUUCACUGGUGAAGAAAUCAGGAACGGCAUCUAGAAAACCAGCAUUAGGCCAGCAAGCUGAGAGGAAAGGCACAACUAAGGAAGAGAGCAGCUCCAAGCUCCCAAGGAAAUCCAGCAAUAAGCAGAAUGAGCCAGCCCUAAUACACAGCCCGCAUAUAGAACUGAACUACAAAGAAAAGGCUGUGCUAACGUUGCAGUGUGCUUUCCGUCGCAUCCUGGCAUGCAGAGCAAGGGAGAAGCGCCUUAGGGAGCAGAGAGAAUAUACAGAGUUAAUGGAGCGCCUCCAGAGAGAGGCCUUCAUUGCGAUGGUGAAGAAGGAGCAGGAAGAAGCUGAACGGGAGAGACAGAAAGAGGAAGAAAAAAAGAAGCAGCAACGAGAAAUACAACAAAGGAAGAAACGGAUGCUGGAGGCGGCAUUUGAUGGGGAUGUGGAAGAGAUGAAGGCUGUGCUAAAGGAAGUGUCAGAUUUGGAUACUAAGAAUGGUGUGGGUACCGAUGAAAAAGGGAAGGCCACACGUCUCUGUAAUCACAUCGACAUGGUGGAGUGCACUGACGCUAAUGGGAACACCCCCCUUUCGGAGGCAGCAGGAGGUGGCCAUCCCAGUGCUAUCAAGCUGCUGAUAGAAAAUGGAGCCAAUCCCAACUGCAAGGGAGCUUUUGGCAGGACCCCGCUUUAUCGUGCUGCUUUUGGUGGUCACAUGGCUGCAGUGGAGACGCUUCUUCAAUAUGGAGCAGACCCCAGACUUUAUGCUGAUGAUGGCAACACGCCUGAACAAAUUGCUUCUUUGGACAGCUUGGUUGCCAUUCUGCACUCCUGGGACAUCAGCCUGACCGAGCUGAUGCUACAGAAGAUGGAGGCAGAACAGCAAAGAAGAGUUUUGCAGGAAAAGAAGCAGAAAGAAGCUGAGACUCACCGAAUGAGCGAGGAGGUGGAGCAGCUGGCUAAAGCACAGGAGAGAUGUAACAAGGAGCUGCAGCAGGCCUACUGUGAACUGAACAGGAGAAUCACGGAGCAUGACAAGUGUCAGAGAAAGCAGAUGGUCAAUGCAGAGCUGACCCUGCAGGCAAUUGGUGAUGCAGAGACGCUGGUGGAGACUCUACGUCUGGCUGCUGAGAAAGCAGAGGAGAAACUGUCCCUGGCCAGGCUCAGGUUGCGAGAACAGACUCAGGAAGCAGGGGUGGGGGAUGAAUUCCAAGGGCUGAAGUGCUCCGUACCAGAGCUUGAUGAUGUGCUAUUGAAGGAUGUGGGAGGCAAAAUCCAUUCAGAUGGACGAUGGCCAUUAAUCAUUGAUCCAUCUGGACAGGCUGCAACUUUCCUGCGGUAUCGAGACACAAAUUACUUGAAUACACUGAACCCAAACGAUAUGAACAUGGAGACCAUUCGACUGGCCUUGCUGGGGGCCCUCCGAUAUGGAAAGCCAGUGGUGUUUGACAUGAUGGAAGUGAACAUGUUUGAUGCUGUGAAGAGGCAGUUGGAGGGAAUAGAGUCUGGACUGGCAGAGGCAAUUCUGAGCAAGCAGAUACUGCAGAAUGAAAGUUGGACACGAGGACUCUACGGUAGAGAAGGAACCGGGAGGGUCAGACCAUGCAUGGGCUGAAGCGACUCCAAUGGCACCGUGAGUCAGCAUGGCCCGACCAGGCACUGCUACUGAAAAUCUCUGAUCAACGGUGCUGGGACGCACCAUCACCUGAAGUGAAGGGGAGCACCCACUGUGACACACGUCUCGAAGAACCUCAGUUACUGCACAAGGUGAGUAAGCCUCUCUUCUGCUUUACCAAGCCCUCCUCGGAACCAAAACAGAUGGAAGGCCCAAGAUGAUUUUCCAUACAGGGGUUACCAAAAGCCAGUACGAGAUCAUAGACACUGAGACAACAAAUGUUUCUCUUUCUUCCAAAGCAGCACUGGCCCCUACGAGAAUGGUCCCAAGAGGCCUUGUAGAUCUAGCAUCUCUUGGCCUUCGUUUUGUUCCAGUUGGUUUACACCUCCAUGAGAGGGAGCAGGAACAAAUAGAGUCAAAGCAUUCUGUGACUGGGCCACAGACAUCUCAGUGCACUGAGGGGUGACGGAGCAGGGGGCCAUGAUGUUUGUUGCUGCUGCCGUGAUAAAGGCUGGGGUUCCAGUGGCAAAGGUGUGACUACAGCAUGUCCAUGUUCUCUGCAUUGCUGAAGACAGCGAAUGGGCCCUGUAGCUAGACGGUGUGGCCAAGCCCUGUGAACAUUAGAACUGUUUCUUAUAUGUGCUGGAGAGAGGUGCAGUCCCAAAGGGCUAGAUUUAUAAAAUGACUUUGGCAGCUGUAUCUUUAGUCCAUAAUGUAGGCACCACUGCCAUCACAGAACCACAGCUCAGUUGACACAAAACCCUGUAGACACCAAAGGCUCUGCCAGUGAAGUCCCCAACACACCUAAGUCCUGACAUCACACAGAUGCUCAGCACGUGAGGUCACACCUAAGCUGGCAGCAGUCUCAAACGCUGCAGCCACUGACUUAUCGUGCUGAAGGGCCCUGAGCUGGCAGGCCACUCAGAGCAUGCCUAAGUCCUCCCGCAAAAGCCAGCUAGGGGAGGGGAGGAGUGAGCGUGUUUAUAACCAAUAGCUAAGUGAUUAGCUGGGAUGUGAGACACCCAGAUUUGCAGUUCAGUGUUACUUGAGUUAGAGCAGGCCCUAAGUCUGGGACCAGGGAGCAGGAGGGUGACAUGGUACCUGAAACCAUGAAAGGCAAUAAGGUUAUGCAGGGCAGGGGCCACAGAAAGGCCUGAAGGGCAUCAGAGGAACCAUGAAUGGGUAUGAGACAGUGCUGGGAGUGAUGCUAUGAGAAAAGGACAGACUCACCAAAGCCCAGCAAGGUGAGUGAAAGGAGUGAGAGCCAGAGCCCCAGAAGUACUGAGUCACCACUGCCCUUUUCUGAUACAGUACCACUCUCAGUAGUCCCUAAGGGCUUCCCCUUUUGCAUGCCAUUGAGAUCUUUCAGAUGUCUUUACGGCACCUUCUACACUUCGCCCCUAUGUAACUCAUAGCUCUUCAUGGUUUCAGCCGCCAUCUCAUGGCCCUCUCCUUCCAUUGUUAGUGUCAAUCAUCAAGGCAGAGAUGUUUGCUUUGCACAGAUGCAACUUUGGUGCCUUUGUUUGAGUAUUCUGAGGUUGCUGGCCCUGCUCAGGGGAAUUGUGCUUCCUCGAGCCAGUGUCCAUGCAACACCACCUGUGGCUUUUUAGAAGCAGAAGUCAGUGUGGCCACGUGAGCCCAGUAACAGCACGUCUAUAAACUCUGCUGCUCCACUGCGUAU